AUGGGGCUUAAAUCUGUACCUUCAUCCCCCCAGGCCUCUCAAGUAGAUGAAGUUCACCCUUUUUCUCUCUCACACACCCUCUCCCCCUCUCUUUCUCACUUUCCCUUCACCCUUUUUCUCUCUCACACACCCUCUCCCCUCUCUCUUUCUCACUUUCCUUUCACCAUUUUUCUCUCUCACACACCCUCUCCCCCUCUCUCUCUCUCUUUCUCACUUUCCCUUCACCCUUUUCUCUCUCACACACCCUCUCCCUCUCUCUCUCUCUCUCUCUCUUUCUCACUUUCCUUUCACCCUUUUUCUCUCUCACACACCCUCUCCCCCUCCCUCUCUCUCUUUCUCACUUUCCUUUCACCCUUUUCUCUCUCACACACCCUAUCCCCCUCCCUCUCUCUCUUUCUCACUUUCCCUUUCACCCUUUUUCACUCUCACACACCCUCUCCCCUCCCUCUCUCUCUUUCUCACUUUCCUUUCACCCUUUUUCUCUCUCACACACCCUCUCCCCUCCCUCUCUCUCUUUCUCACUUUCCUUUCACCCUUUUUCUCUCACACACCCUCUCCCCCUCUCUCUCUCUUUCUCACUUUCCUUUCACCCUUUUUCUCUCUCACACACCCUCUCCCCCUCUCUCUCUCUCACUAUCUUGCUCUCUCAAACACACCCUCUCCCUCUCUCUCUCUUGCUCUCUCACACACCCUCUCCCCUCCCUCUCUCUCACUCUCUUGCUCUCUCAAACACACACUCUCCCCCUCUCUAACAUUCAACCUCUUUUUCUCAUUCUCUCUCUCCCUAUCCCUCUUUAUCUCCAGCUGGCCCUGGGUCAAGAAGAUGACUCUCCAAGCCCCAAGAGCUCCUCAGCAGACGGGUCGUCCUCUAAGACGGUGGGUCUCCUGGGGAGUCAGACUCCCCUUUCCCCCCUGAGUCGCUGGAUGCUCCAGAGUAAAAGUCGGGCAGCCAAUGCCACCUCCCUGGAGCUGCCCUACCGCUCACCCAUACCCUUCUCCAAGCAGGAGUUCUGGGAGAUGCUGGGUAGUGACCUGAUGAAGCCAGACACCUCCUCUUCCUCCCGCGUCAAACGCCGGCCCAUUGUCAAGACGGGCAAGUUCAAGAAGAUGUUUGGCUGGGGAGACUUUUACUCUAAUAUCAAGACGGUGCGCCUCAACCUGCUGAUUACCGGCAAGAUCGUAGACCAUGGCAACGGAACGUUCAGCGUCUACUUCCGCCACAACUCCACGGGCCAGGGCAACAUCUCAGUCAGCCUGGUGCCGCCGGUCAAGGCGGUGGAGUUUGACCUGGAGCGCCAGAGCGUGGUCUACCCCAAGGACUCUAAGAUCUUCAACUGCCGCGUGGACUAUGAGAAGGUGGACCGCAGCAAGCGCACGUCGCUGUGCAACUACGACCCGUCCAAGACCUGCUUCCAGGAGCAGACACAGAGCCAUGUCUCCUGGAUCUGUUCCAAGCCCUUCAAGGUCAUCUGUAUCUACAUCUCCUUCUACAGUACAGACUACCGCCUGGUCCAGAAGGUCUGCCCGGACUACAACUACCACAACGAGAUGCCCUACCUGCCCUCGGGCUAGAAGGGGACACACAGGAGGGGGAGAGGAGGGACGAGGGGAGGAGUGACUCUGUAGGGUGAGGGGCCACCAGAUUGAGCUGGAUUCAACUUUUUAUGUAAUUUGCUGCAACGCCUCACCAGACAACCCCUCGCUGUAGCCAGACUACUGUACCCUGUAAAAACAUAUAUAUGCAAAAAAUACAGUAUGCACAUUGAGGCAUUGAUAUUUAGAGUGCUGUAAUGAAGCAUUCAUCGACAGGAACAGUAGUAACUAGCACGCCCAACAUCAUCACACACGUUUACCUCAACUCAAACCUCUAAUUUCGCUACCUACUUUGCUAAAUACAGAAAACACCUACAAACAUCUAUGAAUGUUUUCGUGAACUACUGCACACUGUCAUUCAGGCGAGGUAGCACUCUACUUUCAAAAGGGCAUCUUCCAUUUGUUUCUGUAUGGACCCUUGUCCCAAUCUUUCCCAAUGCUCCCAUAUCCCACCCCUCUCUCCCCAACCCCAUGUCAUCCCGAUAGGCUAUCCCACCCCUCUCUCUCCCUACCCCUAUGUCAUCCCGAUAGGCUAUCCCACCCCUCUCUCUCCCCACCCCUAUGUCAUCCCGAUAGGCUAUCCCACCCCUCUCUCUCCCUACCCCUAUGUCAUCCCGAUAGGCUAUCCCACCCCUCUCUCUCCCCACCCCUAUGUCAUCCCGAUAGGCUAUCCCACCCCUAUGUCAUCCCGAUAGGCUAUUCCACCCAAUGUUUAUGUGUUUAUGUUUUAUGUUUUAUUCUAAAGGUAUGACAUUCUGUCAAACAUCAUCUCUCUCUUUCCCUGAAUUAUGUAACCUCUAUGACAAAGAAAAUAUAGAUUGAGAAAGAAAGAAAGAAAGAAAGAAAGAGGGAGAGAGAGAAAGAGAGAGAGAGAGAGAUAAUGAAAGUGGGAGUGGGAGAGGGAGAGGGGGAGAAAUGAGAGAUUCAGAGAGCUCUUUUAAUUAAAGUGGAGGAGAGAGAAGGAGAUGUAGAGAAUUCAACUCCUUCUAUUGUCCCCUCUGUAUGAAAAAGAUAACAUUUUGUUGCAGUCAGGAUUCCUGAUUUCAAGCUUUGAUAACUUUGGCUGUGUGUGGGAGAUUUCUCUUUCCUGACAAACGCUGUGUGUUCACCAAAGUCUGAUCGUUAUCUGGAAUACAUUAAAAUAAAACUAAUUAAGGCUUCA